AUGGGACUCACUUGCAACCCUCCCAAGCCUGGUGAUGAAUCAUAUGAAAAGUUUUCAAAGGUAUGCUCCUAACUGUAACUUAACGCAGAGAAACUCACGCGCCUCGCGUGAUCAUAAUCAGUGCUACUUUAUCGCUCGUGUAAUUUUUCAAAGGGGCUCUGUCACGGCUAACUAGUUUAUAUGGUUGAUAAUGGCAAUAACGAGUCAUUAUUCGCUAUGGAACUUGAGAACUUAGUACUUAGUUAUGAAUGACAAAAUUAAUAGCGUUGUAUUAUUCUUUUUUUCAGCUUGUCUCUAGUGCUCAGGCUGUAACUAGUUCCAGGUUUUAACGAAAAUGUAACAAUUUGAACCGUAGCUUUUCACGAUACAGAAAAAAGCAGUGAAUAAUACAAUACUUAGUCAGGUGACGCCUCUAAUGCCUGCCUGCCUGCCAUGGGAUAGCCGAUUUAACAAAUAAAGCUUGUUCCUCUUACCCUGGGUAUCAGAGGUUUUUCUCGCGGGUGGCGGGACCCUUCGGCCCGCGGGCCGAAGCCACUAGUGGAGAUAAAAAUUUGAAAAACCGGAAGCUGUGGCACGCAGGAUAGGUUCCCAUUGAUUUUUUUGCCCAAACAAAACAUCAGAUUCGAGUCUUACGCAGGUAAAGUUUGCCAAGUGCUGAAGUGGCUAAGGGACUAGGUCGAGGAGUAAACAAAACGUCUAUUUUCUCCUGGAACAUUCGGCAAUUUUCUUAUAAAUGUAUAGAAAAUGAUCUUUAAUUGCGACGCACUAAGGAAAUCUAUAGAGGUGAUUACCUUCAGUAUUCCCCUAUCUUGCUUAAUGCAUUAUUUUGUGUUUUAUCUGUUUUACAGGAAGUAACAUCUAUCAAGGAUUCUUACAGGAAGAAAGCAAAGAUGACAACGGAGGUUCUUAACUCAAUGGAAAAUGUUAAGUGUAACGAGGUGGCAGGUGCAAUGUGUGCAUUUCCAAGGAUAACACUUCCAAAGAAAGCUAUCGAGGCAGCCAAGGUAUCAUGUCUUGUUUCCGGUCCUGAUUUGUAGUGCUGCACUGCAGAAUACUGUCAGUAAUGGAUAUCCUAGGUGUACGGUAAUCCGAAUUCCGGAAUCCGGGAAUUUUUUUCUUGUAGACUGAUCCGGAAUCAGUUCUGGGAUUAAAAUUCGGAAUUCAGACCCGGUUGUUCAAAAGAUGGAUAGCGUUAUCCAAGGGAUAAAUCUGUACCUACCUUUGCAGCUAACCAUUUACGUGGUACAAAACCGCCACGCUGGAAAGGAAAAGCCGCACUGGGACAAGACAAACAAAAGACAUACAUCAUUUUAAAUUGUAAUCUUCUUUGUUUGUCUUGUCCCAAGGCGACUUUUGCUCUUCAGCGCGGCGGUUUUGUACCACGUGAAUGACUAGCUGCAAAGGGCCUAUUGCACUAUUCACUGGAAAGAGAUUUAUCACGUGGAUAGCGUUAUCCACCUUUUUAACAGCUGGGGCCUGCUCUAUAUAGGAAGCCCGGAGUCUCGAAUUGGAAUCUGAAAUCCACGUUUCACGGACAAGGAAUACUGGAUCCAGUACCUGCCAUCCGGGAUCUACAGCAUAAAAUCCGGAAUCCACAACGUGCGAUCCGGCAGCCAAGAUUCUCUAGGAUGUACCUUAUACUAGACGAAUGCCAACCCGUUUCCCGCCGUGUCAAUUUUCAUAAAAGGCGUUCUUCCGUUAGAAAAAGUGAAAAGGACGCUAUAGGCUUUCAUCUUAUUCAGGCUGCUGAUAACGUCCCGCGAAAAUUAAAAUUUUACUUUCUCAACUUUCCAUAUUGCAUUGCUAAAUUCCAUAUGUCGUAUUGAUCUUGUACCAGCUCCCAGUAAAGGCUUCAUCGAGGAAUUCUUUGAAAUACAGAUAUUCCCCAUACAAGGAAAGUAUGUAUGUGGUCUGUCGGGUGAGAAAAGUUAAAGGAUUUUGGGUGGACAAAAGUGAUGUGUAGAUAUUUUUUGAGUUUACUGAGUUAUUUGUAUUGUCAUUGUUAUUUAGGCCAAGGAAAUACCACCGGACGAGUUUUACUGUUGGCAGGCGCUGGAGAAAACUGGAAUUUACGUGAUUCCUGGCCACGUGUUUGAUAUGAAAGGCAGCGGUAACAACUUUUACUACAGGUAAGAUUUGAAUUAACAAGGGCCAUCAAGUUCAGGUUGGAAUUUUGAUGAUUUUAAAAACCUCUCUGUGAUAUCAUUUUCGCCCUUGUGUCACAAGGUUUUCUCAGGCUUGUCUAAUAUAUUUAGAUUGAUUAGAUUGACUGCACUUUAAAUUUGAAAAGACCCCUCUUUCCCCCCAACCCCGAAAAAAACUACCUUUGUACCACAGGAACACCAAAUUAGGAUGCGUUCUGACGAACGCAAUAAGGGUAUACACAGAUCGGCCCAUAGCCGGGGUGAUGGGGGCUUAGUGGAGGGCCUGCAACUGGGAUAAAGUUGGUGUUUACAAAUAGAAGGGCUUACAACCGGGAUUAUACGGUACGGACCAGAGCUUAAACUUACGUGGGAAAAGGCGUCCUAAAAGCGACUUGUCUGUAAAAGCGACGUUCUGUCAGCGUGUGAAAGUCUGAUGAAAUUGGACCAAGUUUUAUCUCGACAUUAUGGGUUAAAAUAAUCCAAGACGUUUUGAUUUUUCAGACCCACUAUCCAUACGAAGGAAAUAACUUUAAACGGUUUCAUGUUUUAAUCUUUCUUGGUGGGAUCACUAUUCUUCCUUCUGAAGAGACGUUCGCUCCAAUGUUUGAGCGACUAAGAACCUUUCACCAAGAAUUCAUGGCGCAGUUUAAGGACACGAACUGA